ACUGCAUCGGUCGACGCAAUUACAGGCACUUCUUCUUUUUCCUCAUAUUCCUUAGCAUUCAUAUGGUUUCCAUAUUCUUCUGGUGUAUUCUCUUCAUAUUGGAUCACAAGGAAACUCUUCAUCAACACGACUCCAUUGUUGCUCUCGUAUUACUCGCUAUAAUUGCAUUACUAUUUAUACCAAUCAUUGGUUUAACGGGAUUUCAUAUCAUUUUGGUGGCCAGAGGUCGCACCACAAACGAACAGGUGACCGGUAAGUUUCAAGGAGGGUAUAACCCAUUUUCGAGAGGCUGUUGGUCUAACUGUUGUUACACACUGUGCGGACUCAUUCAACUGGACUCUCAUAUAACUCAUAUCACUAAAAAAGAGACCGCUUUCACCCAAAUUAUGGGUCAUUUGGAUGUCAUCUCAUUCAUCGGUGAUAUUUUCAACGUUUAUCUCCCGCUCUGUAUUUGUCUGCUAUGUUUGUCCACAUUCUUCGAGUUUGGGGCAAAAGUGUUGCAUAACUUGGGUUUCGAACAAUUCAUUCUAACCGAUGAAAUGACCGCUGAGUUGAUAAGAGAGGGUCAGGAACUGGUGAAGAGGGAGAAGAAUAAAGCGUUACGACAUUUGGAGCACAACUCGAGUCAAACGCCACGAAUCAGAAAACCAGUGGAAGAACAGCAGCCGCUGUCCACUACUAAACACAUGAACACUCGAUCCUCUCCUGACGAUCGACAGGAACUGAUCAAUGAAGUCGAACCCAUCGGCUAUUCCACUAACACUUGGAAUUAUGAUUCGACGUCAAGACCACAGAAAGGACUGUUUGAUGAUAUAUGA